UUUGUUUUGCGUGCCGUAUACCGGUGGUCACAUGAAUUCUUUGGAGUUUAGGCGGAGAGGAGAUUAGUUCGUCUGACCAGGUUGUGUUGCCACGUGUGGAAGUAAUCCAACCGCAUCGUUAACUCUGUUGGCAAGAAAAUGGUCCAGAAAAAGCCCAAGAAGAAGACUGUGGGGAAGAAGGUGGCAGCUGCACCACUGGCAGUUAAGAAAGUAGAACCAAAGAAGGUUGAAAAUCCUUUAUUUGAUAAAAGGACAAGAAAUUUUGGCAUUGGUCAGGACAUUCAGCCACCUCGUGACCUUAGCCGUUUUGUGAAAUGGCCAAAAUAUAUUAGGAUUCAAAGACAGAAAUCAGUACUGCAAAAACGACUGAAAGUGCCACCACCAAUAAAUCAGUUUACUCAAACUCUGGACAGGCAAACUGCUACUACACUCUUCAAGUUGCUUGAUAAGUAUCGCCCAGAAACUCGCCAGGCAAAGAAGCAGAGAUUGUUUACACAGGCUCAGGCUAAGGUUUCGAAGAAAGAAGAGACACACGAGAGGAAGAUUCUUUCAGUAAAGCAAGGAGCGCAGACAGUAACAAAACUGAUUGAGCAGAAGAAAGCCCAGCUGGUUGUAAUUGCACAUGAUGUGGAUCCAAUUGAGAUGGUACUUUUCCUGCCAUCUUUGUGCCGAAAGAUGGGGGUCCCAUAUUGUAUAGUUAAAGGAAAGGCCCGUCUUGGACGUUUAGUACAUAAGAAAACAUGCACGUGUGUUGCCAUCACUCAGGUGGAGUCAUCUGAUAGGGCAGCAUUGACGAAGAUUGUAGAGUCUGUAAAAACCAACUUCAAUGAGCGCUAUGAAGAAUUCAGAAGGCAUUGGGGUGGUGGUCUUUUGGGAUCAAAAUCUGCUGCCAGGAUUGCCAAAAUUGAGAAGGCAAAGGCCAGAGAACUGGCUCAAAAGCAGGGCUGAUUUUUUUGACAUUCAUUAUAAAAUACAAAGUAAGAAAAAUAAACUUGAAAAAAAUUACAAAA